AAGUACAAACUAGCCAAAGACCCAAAAAGUAGCCCAAAUCUGUACCUUGGCUAGUUUGUAGUUUUAAACUAGUAGCACAAUUCUGCAACCUGAGUAGCAGACAAGCUCAACAUUACAAGAAGUUUGAACGCGGACUACGACGCCACUUAUUGCCGCGCAAUUUCCGAGCUACAGGUUUGAAUCUAACGUCCCUAUUCGCCUAGAGCUACGCGCUCACUGAUCUGCGCCAUCUAGCGCCCACAAGGCAACAGAGACGCCUUUCUGUUUCGUCACUGAAAGCCGCGCGUCCUAUUGGUCAGCCACCUUGCUGGAGGCAGCAGACUUUUUUUUUUAUUCUACGCGUCUGUUCUUUUACGGAAGCCUAGAGGCCGAGGAGGGCCUGCGGUGCAGCGAUUAACUCGUCAUUUACCGGAAGGCUGUCGAUAGGGGUCCGAGUGGGGCGCGCACACCGCUGUUCAUUAUACACGGGAGGUGAGACGAUACCGGGCGACGGGAUAAUCAUCACGCAUGCGCGCUACGUGACCUCAUGCGACUUUAACCGUUUGGGCUCUGGCGGAGGCGGGCGCCGCACAAUGGAGUCGGACGGAAGACAACCUAAAUAUAAAACAGCAUUUUGUGGAACUUUUUUCUAUUCUUCCCUAAACAUAAAAUAUAGUGAAAGAUGCAGCCACCCAAAACAAGAUGUGAUAUUAUAUACAGGUACUAAAUAAUGAUCAUGUAGUUUCAAGAAUAUUUGUUGUGUAUUGAUUGAUCCAUUCUCCGCUACCUUCAAGAAUCAGGUAAUUCAUUUUUUUUUGAAAUCGUGUAUAUUAAACGACUUGUAAAGUUUUGUUCAAGAGAUCUUCGCCCCAGUUGUGUAUGCUGCCAAUCAUGGCACUCCAGCCAGAGAAGAGAAAAGUCCGGGCUGUAAGCCUUGCAGGCAUUGCCCAAAUAUCUAAUGACAUAUCCAGAAAGUUCCUCGAUCGCAGUGACCUGUCCAGGCUUUCCCGCAUUGAUAUGAAUUCUCCAAAAGACUACGCUCAGGUUCUGAAUGCACUGGAUAAUUUUUUCGUUUCGGACCCAAAUGGCAAAAUCAAACUGGUGUUUGUUGAAGAUAAAGUUAUAGUAAAGAAUAUUUUUAUAAUGUCCUCUGCAAUGCAAGAACUGGCCCAAAAAUACCCCGAACAUCUUUAUGUGGAUCUCUUAAAGAAUGUUAGCCCUGGCUUUAACCUGUACAGUGUUUCCUGUGAAGAUGACAACUCUGAAUGGAAGAUGUGUGCCAGCUGUAUAUCACAGGCAAAUAACCCUGACAUAUUAAGAUUUCUCAUUGUUUCAGUUCUGCAAAGCAUACCAAAAAUGAAGGCUCAAAUCAAAUACAUAACCGUGCAUCCAGGUAUAACCGAUUCUCUCGACAUGGGGACUCUGUUACCAAACGCAACUAUAAGGCUUUGCUAUUUGUUAGUUUUGCAAAUAUUGGAGAACAAACUUUCUGAACUACAGUGUGCUACCCAGGCCCAGAUUAAAACAGUCUUGCAUAUCCUUCUCCAUACCCGCUCGUUAAAGGUUUACAACCGUUGUCUUAAUGAGUUCAAGGCAGUAUGUCCCUCAGAAGUGUAUCAGUACUACUUUGAAACAUGGCACCCGAGCAGAAAAUUAUGGUGCACAAAGGACAACAAAAGGCUUAAAGCCGAGAAAGCCAUCUAUUCCUAUGUUACAUCUCUGCAUUAUACUCUCGCAACAGAAAUGGGCAGCUCAUUGUCACUGAAUAAUUGCCUUUGUGUGGUUUUCAAUGAAAAUCGUGAAUUAAAGAGCGCUCCAGAAUUUUUACCUCCAGUCAGUCUGCUUCCUGUGCCUGAACCUUCCCCAGCUGUUCCUGAGAAGCAAACUGAAGAAAUCAGAAAGACAAAUGGACUGGAAGACAUGGAGUUCUCCAGCUGGGAAGAAUUCCAGUCAUUUCUUAUCUCCUGGUGUGAAGAACAGAAGAUUAUUUUUGUAAUCCGCAGUUCAGUACCACUUACCGAUGAAGAUAUGAGCCAAGAAAUGAUCCAGUCUUUAAAGUACAGUACUGUGAACCUUGGAUGCAGCAGCUACACAAGGAAACGCUGUCCUGCAGCAAUUCAUCUAAAACUGGGCCCAGACAAAGACAAGCUCAUAAUUACAAAGGCUGACCUCAAUCACAGUCAUGACUCUGAGAUUGACUUACCGUCUCGUUUUACAAAAAAACCAUCUUUAUUCGUUGAAUUCCCUGUUGAAAAACCAGCUGAAAUUUCCGAUAAAUUCAUGGACAGAAAUGAGUUGACAAAACUCCUCCGUUUACACUUCCCAUUUGGUGGGGAAUCCCAACUCCUGGAUGAACUGGAAUCCCUUUUUAACGCCGACCCUUCUGCAAAAGUGAAAUUAAUUUACACUGAAGAUAAGUUUAUAGUUAAGAACAUCUUUUUAAUGACAAGUGCCAUGCAGAGUUUAUUGCAGCAAUUUCCUGAAACGAUCUACGUCGAUCACAUCCCUGCCUUAAACCAGGAAUUUGAUUUGUAUUCUUUAUUUUGUCAAGAUGAAAGUUUCAGCUGGCGGGUCUGUGCCCACUGCAUUGGAUCAAAAGAGACUUCAGAAACGUUACAAUUUCUUUUGCAGACUGUCCUGCAAGUGCAUCCCAAUAUAAGCACCCAAGUGAAAUCUUUCACACUCAGUCCUGAAAUACAGAAUCCUUUAAAUACACAGUCCCUGCUUCCUAAUGCCUUGGUCAGGUAUUGCACACCGUUUAUCUUUGACAAUAUGAAUAAUAGCAUUUCUUUUCUAAGCCAGAUGGAGCAGUCACAAAUUAAGACCCUAUUAGUUAGCCUCUCCCAGGCUCCCUCAGCUGAGGUCUACACAGAACACCUGGGAGGUUUAAAGGCGGCGUGUCCAGAUGAAGUUUUCCAGUACUAUUUUGAUACUUGGCAUCCACAUUGGAAAUUAUGGUGUGAAAAAGAUAGUAGGACAAGUGAUGUGGAUAACUCCAUUUUUGCAUACAUUAAGUCAAAGCAUGAUGAACUGAAAGCACUAUUAGGAUCACUACCUUCUUUAUAUCAGUGCCUACAGGCAAUCCUAACAGAAGAUCAGCAGGAACCUGUCGAGUCAUCAGAACUGAAUCACGUGGAGGAGUUAGACAAAAACACAUCUGCUUUGAAAUCUCAGACUUCCAUGGAAGAACCAAGUGCUCAGAUUGAAGCAACUACGUCUCCUUCCCCCGUAGAUAAGAGACCUGCUACUGAAGAAGUGGGAGGAGACGCAGAUCAACUGAAUGGGAAAGAAUUCCAGAGCUGGGAUGAUUUUUGCGGUUACUUAGAAAAAUGGAGCAAAGAGAAAUUUUUGGUGCGCUUGUCUUCUGCCACUUUUAGCGAAGAGGCGGAUGGGGACAAAGGUGUCAGCCCACAGGUAGCAGUGUCCUUAAAGUACAGCUGGGUACAACUUUAUUGCGGUUGGAAGGAAUGUCCAGCUUUUAUUGAGCUGACACUGGGACCUGAGAGAGACAAGCUUGUUAUCACCCAGAGCAACUCCAGUCAUGUCCAUGAAGCUGAAGAAACGGCCCAACCUCCUCCUGCUAAGAAAUGCAAGCUGUCCUCCGCUGUAGGGCUACCAGCUCAAGUUGCCAACAACAUCUCCAGAAAGUUUCUGGAGCCAAGUGAUUUGAAAAGGCUUCUGCGUUUUCGCUCUGGUGCAUUUGAAGAUCGUACGCAAGUGCUAGGUGAACUGGACUCGCUUUUUCUCUCGGAUCCUGAAGCCAAAGUGAAGUUGGUGUUUGUGGAAGACAAAUUGCUUGUGCAGAAAAUAUUUCUCGUGACUUCUACGAUGAAAGAAAUUGCUUCUAAAUUCCCUGAAAACAUUUUUAUUGACCUCUUCUCAGACUUUAGUCAGAGUUUCGACCUGUACACCAUUUAUUGUGAAGAAAAGGGAGUAGGUUGGAAGGUGUGUGCCUACUGUAUUGCAAAGAAAGGAGUACCAGAUACAUUGGAAUUUAUUUUUAGUUCAGUUGUUCAGAUUAACCCCAUACUAGGCAACCAGGCCAAACACUUAACGGCAAACCCAGAAAUCCAUGAACCUAUCAAUCUAGAAACCCAUUUGCCUCAUGCAUCAUUAAGGUACUGCAUGCAUUUAGUUCUCGAUAUUCUGUAUCGCAAAAUCUCCAACCUGGAUAAUACUGUAGCAGCCCAGAUUAAGAAUUACCUUCACAUCCUUUCUCAAACGUGUUCCUUAAAAGUCUACGACCGAUAUUUAACUGAUCUGAAGGGCAUUUGCCCUGAAGAGAUAUACCAGUACUUUUAUGAUACUUGGCACCCACGGCGUAAAAUGUGGGUCAAAAAAGACAACAGGAUCGAAGAGGGAGAGAAAAAUAUAUUUGAAUUUGUAUCUCUGAAGCAUGAGAAGCUAAAGCAGGUGCUGGGCCCCUACCCCUCUUUGCAUCAGUGUCUUUGUGCAGUUCUUCCCGACGGCUACAAGAAAUCCGACAAUAAAUCUCAUCUUCAGGAACUCCAUUCAUAUUUUGAAAAUGAAGAAUCUCCGGUUAUAUCUCCAUCAUCAAAUGAACAGGAUGGUGAUCAACAGAUGAUGGAAGAGGAGGCUGAAAUGAUUGAGGCUAAAGCCGACUCAGAAAUGAUUGACUCUGAAGCCGAUCAAACAAAAGACAAAGAGGAGAACACCGAAAACCAUAAGACUGGGCUGGAAAGGAGUGAAUUUUACAGCUGGGAAGAUUUUUGUUCCUUCCUGGAUCGCUGGUGUGAGGAAAAGAAGACCAUGUUUGCUGUUCGUCACUCUGUGUUCCUUCAAAAAAGUGAGAUUCAAAAUUUUCCACAUGGACCAGAGGUGGCAAAGUCUUUGAGAUACAGCACAGUGAUUUUGGGAUGUAGAAGCUGCCCAAGGAAUAAAUGUACUGCAAUGAUCGAAUUACAGCUUAGUCCCUGCUUGAACAGGCUGAUUGUUUCUGAAAGUAACCUUUAUCAUACCCAUGACUUGCCAAACCCCACCACCCACAGCACAUCACUGGACCAUCUGCAAGCCACCCAAGAGUGCCAGCUAGCUAUGAUCACAGAUGAUGUCUCCAAGAAGUUUUUGGAACAUAGUGAUGUCAAGAGACUUCUCCCCUUUUAUCCUGAUUCAUUGUCAGAUCAUAAUAAAGCUUUUGGUGAAUUAAGUGCAUUGUUAAUUGCGGACCCUGGUGCAAAAAUUAAGUUGUUUUUUAGUGAAAAAGGAAACGUGGUGAAGUGUAUCUAUCUAAUGACAUCUCACAUGCAAGACCUGGUGCAGAGAUUUCCUGAUCACAUUUUUGUGGAUCAUCUGCCCCUGAUUGGUGGGACCUCUGGCUUGUAUACUUUGUUUUGUAAAAGAGAGGACAAAAGAUGGACACCAUGUGCAUACUACAUUGCUCAAGAAGAUUCCCCUGAUACAUUCCAGUUUAUCCUAUUAUCUCUUGUGCAGAGCGUAACUUCCCUUCAAACGCUAUUAAAGCUAAUAACAGUGAGUCCAGGAAUCCAUGGUUGCUUGAACAUUCAACCAAUAUUACCAAAUGCAUUAGCAAGAUAUUGUAGGAUGAUGGUCAUGGACAUUCUCUUCGAACGGUGCUCUUAUGUAGACUUUGUAUUGCAAGCGCAGAUCAAGCGUUAUAUCCAGAUGUUAGCUCAGACCAGUUCUCCUAAUCUCUACAGUCAACACUUAUUUGAGUUUGCAGCAGCUAGCCCUCCAGCAGUUUUCCAGUAUUACUAUAAAAACUGGCACCAACACAGAAAGCUCUGGGCUAGCGAUUCAAUGGCUGAAUCCUACAUGUAUUCCUGUGUGAAAGGCAAACAGCAAGAGCUAACUUCAAAACUGAGUGAUCCUUUGUCUUUGUGCCAAUGCCUUAAAGUCGUUCUUGAUGAUGCUCGAUUGAGUCAUGUUACCAGAGAAGCUUGCAUCGAUGACGAAUCUAAAGGAAAGGAAGUGAAUUGUGACCUCGUUGGGAAGAAAUUUACUUCUUGGAAUGAGUUUUGUGAAUAUUUUGACCACUUGUGUGAAAAGAAAAAAACAUGUUAUCGAGUUAGCAGUGCAAGUUACUUUGAAAACACAGAUAAGAGGGCUGAAAUCUACAAAUUUCAAAAUAUUCGACUUGAAUGUUGGCCAUUACCAGAUGCGAUGGAUAAAGACACAGACAAUCAAAGUUAUCAAAAAUGCGACCAUAUGCCUUGCCCAGCUUCUCUGGUUUUGCAAUUUUGUAAUGAAGACAACUGCCUGGUGGCGAUGCCUGCACAAUUGGAUCACAAUCACAAAACAGACAUCCAAAGAUUCGCAGAAUUUUUCAAGCUCUGCAGCCUGUCCUCUUACACACGCUUCUUUACCCUAGCCAGAAAUGUGGCCCAGAAAUUCAUUACUCUGCAGGACUUAAAGGAUUUGUUCUCCUGGAAGAAAAUAUUAGAGAGUUCUAUUUUAAAUCUUCUUCAUUCACUAAGGACACUUUUGUAUAAGGAUCCGUUGGCCAAAGUGAUUGUAAGAUUUACACCAGAGGUUAUGCAAAUUCAUGAUGUGUUUCUCAUGACUUCUCAAAUGGGUUCCUUAUUACAGAAAUUUCCUUCUGUCCUCUUUAUUGCCAAACCUUUGGCUUUUAUUGAUAACUAUGAACUAUAUACAGCAAUGUGUGAGGAUAAUGAGAACAUUGGUAGAGUUUGUGCUUAUCUUUUCACCCAAAAAGUGAAUCCAGCCCCAUUCCGUAGCAUGGUACAGUCUAUUCUUCAGAGUAUUCCCGAGCUGAAGAUAAACUCUUUGCUGUUGCAAGCAGAUAUUAAAGAAGUGAAUUCACUGCGUGAUGUUGUACCUUCUUGCUCUGUGCACAUUAGUCCAGCAUUCAUGCUUGAGGUCCUACAACAUCAUUUGAAAGAUGAAGAUCCUUCAAACAAGGAGACGGUAAAAGGCUUGCUGUGUAAUUUAAUCAAAUGUAACUCCUCUGAACUUUAUUCCACCUACUUUACAGAUCUUAAAAAAUCAUCUUCAGAUACUUUUCUUCAAUACUUCCUCCAAAACUGGCACUGUUGCAAGGAAGACUGGUGUCAUGCCAUGAAAGACAAUCACUUCCUAGAGUGUGCAACCAGGCUGGAAGAUGAGAUGAAGCCUAUCGUGAUCAGUAAAGGUCCACUUGGAUCUUUCAUCCAAGCUAUUGAAAAGGUGGUAGUGAACAGUGACGUCUAUGGAGUAGUUGAAGAUGAUGAUUAUGAAAAUGAUGAUGAAGGACCUGUGCUAAUGGAAAUUUCAGAUGCUUAUACUGAAACGCUGUCUGUUCAGUCUUCUGAUCUCAGUGGCAUGAUUUUCCAAAGCUGGAAUGAUUUCAGUGAAUUUUUUGAUUCCUGGUGUGAAGAAAAACGAACUCUGUUUAAGAUAACAAGCGUUAUUCCUUUGGAGAACGUGGCAGAGGAUGAUGUGAAGCGCCUGAGAUACCAGCUAGUUCAGUUCUUGUGCAAGGGAAAUGGUGAAUGGCCUCAACAGAAAGAUACUUUAAGCACAGCCAAUUCAUCUUGCCCUGUUUUCCUUAUUGUGAAGCAUAUGGCCGAGAAGAAUUGCCUAGUGAUUAGCCAUUCGCAGCAUCUGCAUAAUCACAGGACAGACCCAGAAGAAUUUAGUGCUUGCUUCAAGCACUGUCGACUCUCAUCAUGGCCCCGGUUUGCGUCACUGACAAGCAGUGUUGAAAACUGUUUUGCCACUCAACAGCAUCUUAAGAAUAUCCUAAACUGGAGUAUGUUCCUAGAGAAUGAUAUUCAGGAUCUUCUCAAAGAACUGGACUCUCUCUUCUUAGAAGAUCCUAAAGUCAAGCUGAAGUUAUCAUUUUGUUCAGAAACGUUGGCUCUGGAGAGUGCGUUUAUCAUGGUAUCACAUUCGCAGCAUUUACUGGAAACAUUCUCAUCGCUUCUCUUUUUGGGCCAGUCGCUAACUCUUAAUGAGAAUUUUGACCUGUACACAGUGCUAUGUGAAGAUGAGAGCAGCAAUGGCAGAGAAGUUGCGUAUUUGAUAACAAGGAAAGAAUGUGCUGCUCCUGUUGUGUCUAUUGUGGUUUCUCUUAUUCAAAGCAUUCCUCACAUAAAGGAAAGACUUGAAGGAAUGGUUCUCCAGACAGAUCUGACCCAGCUUGAUCUUAUUCAGGACCUUCUACCCUCCUGCUGUGUGCGUAUGAGCCAAACACAUGCUCUAGAUACAUUAUGCUACCAGAUGAGGAUGGAAGACCCAGCAACCGAGGAGGAGUUAAAGCAAAUCAUUUAUAAUUUAGUUCAUUCCCAAACAUCUUUGCUUUAUAACAUAUAUUUUAAAGAGCUGGAAAAAGCAGCUACUGAACAUUUCUUUCAGUACUUUCUGAAUACGUGGCACGUGCGUAAGGAGGACUGGGUUGAAAGCUGGGGCCACAGGAUGAAGGAUGGGAAUUUCAUAGAGUUUACUGCCUGGCAUGCCAACGAGCUACGUUCUAUGUUAAGCUUUCCUAGUUUGCUGGCAUCAUGCAUUGCAGUCUUGCUAAAAAUGAUACAGUCUUCUGGGGAAUAUACAUCACAGGACUACAGCUCCCCUGAUAUUGGUAAUAAACAGAGUGAAAAUGUUUGCCCAAGUGAAGUUAGUGAGGACCAUAAUCCACGUCCUGUAGUUUCCAUUUUGGGGCAUAGUGACAGUUUUGUAGAAGAGAUGUCUGAAAGUCACAUGAAUGGGAUUAAUAACAGUUUAUCAGAAAGCAAUGAAAGCUCCAAUCUGUCAACAUUUAUUUUAGAAGACAUCUCAAAUUCCAUCCUCAGAGAUGAGAAAACAGCAAGCCUGAACAUUGCAGAGGGAAAGAAAUUCUUAAGCUGGAUAGAUUUUCGAACUUUUUUUGACCGAUGGUGUGAAAGAAACAUGUACCUAUUUAAGAUAAGAUGUUACAGGCCAUUGUCCAGAGCAGACACAACUACUAGCAAAAUGAUGGCACUGCUAAAAUACAGCUAUAUACAUCUGGUGUGCAAGUAUUCCAUUAUUGACCAGUGUUCAGUAAGGAACUCCCCAGGAGAGCCGCCAGCCCCCUGCCAAGCAAAUAUCAUAGUUGAAGCUGAGCCACAAAAUGACUGGCUGAUAGUCACACACGCUCAACUGGAUCACGAUCAUGGAAUAGCGGAAGAUGAGUUUGAACGUUUAUUUCCUAGGUUUAUGCUAAGGGCAAAGCCUUUUCUGUUCUUGGAAAUGACUAAAGCUAUCUCCAAACAGUUUCUUUUGUUCAAGGACUUGCAGGAUCUAGUGUGUCAAAGCUGCAACGAGGAAACCUCCUUAAGAGAUCUUCUCGAUGAACUGAAUCAUAUUUUUGGUCAAGAUCCCAAGGUCAAGAUCAAGCUGUUAUUUUACCCGGAUACUGCAGAAGUAGAAGGGAUCUUUCUGAUGACAGCCACCAUGAAAAAUUUACUCCAAAGAUUCCCAUCUGUGCUCUGCAUUGAAAAAACAAUGCUGAUUAACCGUGACUUUUACCUGUACACUGCUGUUUGUGAAGAUGCUGACCAAAGAGGUCGAACAUGUGCAUACUUCAUCACUCGUAAGGAAAGUCAGACUCCCGUCAGAUUCAUGGUGGUGUCGUUGAUGCAAAGCAUUUCAGACUUUGUGAAACCCAUGAUCAAAACCAUUAUGCUACAUGCCACUUUUGAGGAACUUGAAUUGGUGCAGAGUCUCCUUCCAAAAAGAGAAGUGAUUAUGAGCCAAGCAUAUGCUCUUCAACUGUUUUAUACUAGGAUUGAAGAGGAAGAACAGUCUGUGCAAGUCAAUAUUAAGAACAUGGUUUGUGACCUUGUUCAUUCAAGCUCUGCUGAAAUAUACAAGCUCAAGCUUAAAGUGCUGAAAGCAACAGCUAAUACUGCUUUUUUAGAUUUUUUCCUCAAUCAUUGGCACAUGCACAAAAAAAGAUGGGUGGCUUGUUGGGGCCUGCCUGAAGCACAUCACAUUAGGUUUGAUAACCACUUCAGAACAAAUCUGCAGUCUCUAGAGUCAGUCAGUCUAAGUACUUCAUUGGCUUGCAGUGUUAAUUGGCUUCUUAAACUUCAGAGUCUGACGGCACUGACUUGGGCUCUUGAUGAAAAUAAGAUCACUGACUUUUACAACCAAUUAUGCCAUCCACCUGUCUUAAAAUUGCUACAAGAGGAGAUCACCCACACAAAAUAUGGGCAAUAUGAUAUCAGCGAACUCGAUGAUGGAUUUAUACUUAAUGAUGGCACGUGCUCAUUCAUAGUGGAAAAAUCUCUUUCACAAUGCAACUGCUCCACUUUUAAAGAAAGAGGAUUACCAUGCCGGCAUAUAUUUGCUGCACGCCUCUGGACUGGCGAAACAAUACUGGACACUAAAUUAGUACACUCCGAUACAGCCAAUGUACAACAUUAACUGUUUAUAUAUUUUUUACAUUGUA